GUUGGGGGACCGCCUGCUGCCUUUCUCCCUUCCUGCCAGCCCUCCCACGGCCGGGCGCCCCCCCUUACCGCCGCUGCGUUUUCCGGUGGUGGGGAGGGUUGCCCCUUCGAACUCCUAGGCCCCUUCUGGGCCUGCCGUGGGGCGGUGGCUGGCUUGGGGAGGCCGGCGGGUGGGCCCCUCGGCUAGGCCUAGUAAGCCCCGGCCUGGAUUUUCUCUCCCGGGCUUCUCCUGGGAGCUAAAGAGGCCGGGUUUUUCCCCAUUCUGCGAGUGCGUGUUUCUUGCUGCUCUGGCCCAGUGCUCCCCCUGGUGGCGCCUGCCUGCAUCGCAGGCUGAUUUAUUUUUAUUACUUUAACCACGGCUUUAUUCUAGCUGAUUCCCUUGCCGCUCCACUGGGUGGGUGGUUUAGCCGAUUUGUUGCAAGGAAUUGAUUGGUCUUUCGCAGUUUCAGCGCCAGUUGCUGUGUAUUUUCAAACAGGCCUCAUACGAUUCCUGAGUCAUUCUUGGGAGCGGCGGCCAUUUUGUGUGCUGCCUUCGGCGGACGCCAUUUUGUGUGAGCCCAGCUCAACCCCCCCCCUUGUUUUUAGGUUCCUCCUAUUAUUGGGACCUGCCAGUGCUACCUCUGUUUGGCUUUUGUGGGUUAUUUAUUUCUCUGGUUGCUCACUUGUUGAUCUGUUAGUCUGCUAUUUUGCAGGAGUGUUCCACCAUGGCUGAGAGACAGGAGGGCGCACAGCCACCCACGGAGGCGCAAUCCAAGAGGGUCAUUAAGGGUCCUUCACAGGCCCUUCGCUCUCCUCCUGCGGUGUCGUCGGCAGGUCGCGUGCAGGCCUUUUUAGCCAGCAUUGCGGGUGAUGCUCAGGCCUUGGCCAGUUUUGGCUCCGGCUUGGACGCACUCAUGCAACAGACCACUAUGGCUUCAGCUUCAAUGUCAGGCGCACCAUCGGCUUCCACCUCAGCUGCAGCUUCCACUACCUUUACGACGGUGGCACAGGUCCACGCCCCGGCCCAGUCAGAGGUGCCGCCUAGGGAGACGGCUGCCUCCCCCUCAGUAAUUCCAGAAUCCCCUCCCGAAUUGUCCUCUUCCGAUGAGGACAAUGUUGUACACCCUUCAGGGGUGAUAACAACAUCCACUCGGGUUGGUCCUGCGGUACUUCUUUCGUCCCCCCCAUCAGUCGCUAGCAAGAAGAAGGUGCCGCAGGCCCGCGGGCCUACCAAAAGGCAGGCCAAAAAGAAGGGUGUCUCGGGGUCAGGGGGGGCCGUGCAAGCUGCGGCGUUGCCCGCUCCCGUUUCCUCUCUUGUUGUCUCUCCUCAGGUGGCGCUUCCGCUAGAGGGGCAGGACCUAUCCUCCACGUCUUCGGCCGAGGACGCGUUGCCUGUGCCGGAUAAGACCUCGCUCGGCGGGAAGCGUCGUCAUAAGAAGAGGUCUAAGAAGCGAGCUAAGCGUCGCAAGGACGACACUUUGGCGACCUCUUCGACAGAAUGGUUGAAUCGCUAUCCCAAUGCCGGAGCGGCGGCUUACCUGAGGGACGGUUUCUCUUUUGGAUUUCGGAUUCCAGUGGCAUCGCGUCCCGUUGCGCGGAAUCCUUUGAACCAGAAGUCGGUGAGGGAGAUGUCGGGGGUGGCAAGGAGGAAGAUCGAUAAGGAAAUUGCCCUUAAUCGCAUAGCCGGUCCCUUUGAGGCCCCUCCUUUCCCCAACCUGCAUCUCUCUCCCCUAGGCAUCGUUCCCAAAAAAGCUCCGGGGGAAUUUCGCUUGAUUCAUAAUUUAUCGCACCCUAAAGGGUCCUCAGUUAACGAUAUGAUUCCCCCUGAGCUUUGUUCGGUAAAGUACGCCUCUCUGGACCAGGCGGUUGAAGUAGUGCGAAAAUUUGGCCCCGGGGCAUUGCUUGCAAAAUGCGACAUCGAAUCAGCUUUUCGCCUCCUUCCCAUCCACCCUAGUGAUUUUUGGCUUUUGGGCUUUCAGUUUGAAGGCGCCUUUUAUUUUGAUAAGGCUAUGCCAAUGGGCUGCUCAGUAGCCUGCGCUGCCUUCGAAAGUUUUAGCACAUUCUUGGAGUGGGCCCUCCGUUUUAGGACCGGUUUGGAGGGGGUCACGCAUUAUCUCGAUGAUUUUUUAUUAUCGGGCGCUUCUAACACGGGCGAUUGUGUGGCCCUGUUGCAGGCUUUUGCUGCCCUCACGAAAGAAUUGGGUGUCCCCCUGGCCGGUGAAAAAACGGAGGGUCCCACUACUAGGCUAACCUAUUUGGGUAUCCUAUUGGAUACCGUGGCCCAGACUUCAUCACUGCCUCCGGAGAAGAUUGUUAAAUUGAAGGGCGUCAUCGAGGAGGUUUUAUCAGUUAAAAAAGUCACUUUGCGACAAUUACAGUCUUUGCUUGGCCAUCUUAACUUCGCGUGCAGAGUUGUGGCGCCUGGGCGCCCUUUCUGCGCGCGUUUGAACAAACGCACAGUGGGUCUUCGCUCCCCGCAUCAGCAUGUGCGUUUGCACCAGGGCGAGAAGGCCGAUCUUAGGAUGUGGCUUGAGUUUUUGAAUGAUUUUAACGGGGUGUCCUUGUGGCAGGAUGUCUUGACCCUGCACAACGACUUUCAAGUUAAUUCUGAUGCGGCUGGGUCCUUAGGUUUCGGUUUAUUUUGGAAUGGCAGGUGGUGCGCUCAGCGCUGGCCUCCUGCGUGGCAGGGGACGGCCAUCACGCGGGACUUAACUUUCCUUGAGUUUUUUCCGAUAGUUGUGGCUGUUCACCUGUGGGUCGAGGACUUCAGAGACCAUCGCAUUUGCUUUUGGUCAGAUAAUCAUGCUGUUGUUGACGUCCUUGCAAAACAAUCUUCAAGGUCCCCUCGGGUAUCUGCCCUUCUCAGGGCUUUCGUUUUACAAUGUUUACGUUUCAAUAUAGCUUUUACAGCGCGUUUUAUUCCGGGACUGUCUAAUGAUAUUGCUGAUGCUUUGUCCCGUUUCCAGAUGGAGCGAUUUUGGUCCCUGGUUCCGGACGCCCAGACGCAGCCGGAAUAUUUCCCGGAAAGGCUGUGGAACCUUGGGAGCUCCUAG